UUUUUUUCGAACUCAUCUUUGGAUAACAUUUAACAAUAGCAAUUAACAUCACUGGAAAGUAUUAUUUCAAAAACAAAAUUCAACUAAUGUCGUAUUAUUUUGUAAAAUGACGUAAAUUUGUAAGAAGCUAAACAUUGCGACUUGGUCCCGCCCUAUCCGCCCGUGGAUUCUUCCAGAAGUCGCCGGCAGAUCCGCGCGGCGUGUAGCUCAGCCACACUCCAGAAUUCCGUCUGUAAAAGUCGUUAUUUUAUCAGUGACAAGACAAUUUCCUUCGUCAACAUGUCAACGUUAGGCACACUUGCCUUCGACGAGUAUGGGAGGCCUUUCAUCAUUAUUAAAGACCAGGACACGAAGACACGGCUAACUGGCAUCGACGCACUGAAGUCUCAUAUAAUGGCAGCCAAGGCAGUUGCGUCAACGCUUCGGACUUCUUUGGGACCUAACGGCCUCGACAAGAUGAUGGUUGACAAAGAUGGAGAAGUGACUGUCACCAAUGAUGGAGCCACUAUUCUCAGCAUGAUGGAUGUGGACCAUCAGAUUGCUAAACUUAUGGUGGAGCUGUCCAAGUCACAGGAUGAUGAGAUUGGUGAUGGAACCACUGGAGUUGUUGUGCUGGCAGGGGCUCUGCUUGAGCAGGCCGAGCAGCUCCUGGACCGCGGGAUCCACCCCAUCAGGAUCUCUGACGGUUACGAUCAAGCCGCCCGUAUCGCCAUCGAGCAGCUAGAUAAAAUCGGGGAGACCUUUCCCUAUGAUCCCAACAACACAGAACCGCUCAUUCAGACCGCCAUGACAACGCUGGGAUCUAAAGUCAUCAACCGGUGCCACAGACAGAUGGCAGAGAUUGCAGUAAACGCCAUCCUGACCGUGGCCGACCUGGAGAGGAAGGACGUGGACUUUGAGCUUAUCAAGAUGGAGGGCAAGGUGGGAGGCAAGCUGGAGGACACACAGCUAAUCAAGGGUGUCAUCGUCGACAAAGAGUUCAGUCACCCGCAGAUGCCAAAGGUUCUGAAAGACGUUAAAAUUGCAAUCCUCACCUGUCCGUUUGAGCCCCCAAAGCCCAAGACCAAGCACAAGUUGGACGUCACCUCUGUGGAGGACUACAAAGCUCUCCAGAAAUACGAAAAGGAGACGUUUGAGGAGAUGAUCCAACAGGUCAAAAGCAAUGGUGCCAACUUGGCCAUCUGCCAGUGGGGCUUUGACGAUGAAGCUAACCACCUUCUGCUGCAGAACAAGUUACCUGCUGUGCGCUGGGUUGGAGGGCCUGAAAUUGAGUUGAUCGCCAUCGCCACAGGGGGUCGCAUUGUGCCCAGGUUCUCUGAGCUGACUCCAGAGAAACUGGGCACUGCUGGCUUAGUGAAGGAGAUCUCCUUCGGCACCACAAAGGAUCACAUGUUGGUCAUCCAGGACUGCAAGAACACCAGGGCUGUGACCAUAUUUGUCCGUGGAGGCAACAAGAUGAUAAUUGAAGAGGCCAAGCGUGCACUCCAUGAUGCUCUCUGCGUAAUUCGCAACCUGGUCAAAGAUAACCGUGUUGUUUAUGGAGGAGGAGCCUCCGAGAUUGCUUGUGCUUUGGCUGUCAAUCAGGCUGCAGACAAGUGCCCUUCCUUGGAGCAGUAUGCGAUGAGGUCAUUUGCAGAUGCCUUAGAAGUCAUCCCAAUGGCGCUGGCGGAGAACAGCGGCCUGAACCCCAUCCAGACCAUGACCGAGGUCCGAGCCAGACAGGUCCGAGACAACAACCCCUACCUGGGCAUCGACUGUCUCCACAACAACACCAAUGACAUGAAGCAGCAGCAUGUGAUCGAGACCCUCAUCGGCAAAAAGCAGCAGAUCUUGCUGGCCACUCAGGUCGUCAAGAUGAUCCUCAAGAUCGAUGACAUCCGAAGCCCAGGAGAGUGCGAGGACUAAAACCCCACCUUGUCCCUGAACUCCCUUGCAGGCUCGGUUGUGCUCUAGAAAGCGGUAAUAACAAGUCUGAGCUGUCCUAGAGAUUGUAGGCACUUCCAGAGCACCGCACUGCUUACCGCUAUUUAUCAUUUGACACAAUUGCUGUUCUAGUAUGAAACUUGCCAUUAAAAUGUUGGUCUGUGGAAAUUUC